UCCGUGGGCGCGUACGCCGGGCGCGAGAUCACGGACACGGAGUAGGGUUCUGGAAAACGCGCGGAAUUAUCGUGCCAGGCGAGAGGCCGCGAUGGAUGACGACUUUGAGGAGCGUGACUGGCCGGACGAGGGUGCUGAUGCCGACUCGGAGGGGGAGGACGCGGCGCCGCGCGAGGACCCCGAGCAGGUCAUCCGCGAGUGCAUGUUGUUGUUCGCCUCGCCCGACUACAUCAUGGAGCCAGGCAUCUUCGGCACGCUGAAGCGGUACUUCUCGGCGGGCGGCGACCCGGAGACAGUGAUCGAGACCAUCUCGAGCAACUACAAGGCCAUCUCGGGCCUGGCCAACCUUAUCGCCGAGUGGCUCAUCCUCUCCGGCGUCGACAUUCUGGACGUGCAGAGCCUGGUGGAGAACCACCUCAAGGACAUGAUCCUGCGCACCUUCGACCCGGCCAAGGCCGACACCAUCUUCAACGAGGAGGGCGUGACGCCCGCCUGGCUCUCGGAGAUCAUCAAGCACCCGACGUGGCGGUCGCUGAUCUACCGGCUGGCCGAGGAGUACCCCGACUGCAUGAUGCUCAACUUCACCAUCAAGCUCAUCUCGGACGCCGGCUUCCAGGGCGAGAUCACCAGCCUGUCGACGGCCUCGCAGCAGAUCGAGGUGUUCUCGCGUAUCGUCAAGACGUCCAUCACCAACAUCCUGUCGCGCUCGGACGACGACACGCGCCGCCACAUCGCCGAGUUCGCCGCCAUGGUUUGCCACGGCCAGCACACGUACAUCUACACGCAGGCGCUGCUGCAGGUGCUCUCGCAGGAGGGGCGCGCCGGCGCCAACGCCAAGCGGCUCUCGCAGGAGGUGACGCGCUCGGCCGUCGCGCAGGGCCAGAACGUGACGCCCAUCAUCCUGGCGCUGAACGGCGCGGCGGCGUACCCGCGCGCUGCCGGCGCGCUCGCCUCCAUGCUGGCGCGCAACGCGCUCAACCCGGCCGACAUCACGGCACUGUUCAAGCUGUUCAGCACGUCCGACCCGCCGCCCGUGGAGCUGAUCCGAUCGCCAACCUUCCUCGAGCUGCUGAUUGGGGCGCUUUUCCGACCGGGGAAUAAGGUGAACCCGGACCACCGGCCCAAGUACAUCUACCUGCUGGCGUAUGCGGCGUCGGUGUGCGAGCAGUGGCGGCGCGGCCAGCGCGACAGUCUGAACCAGGACGAGCUGCGCGCCACCAUCCAGGCGCUGGAGCGCGUGCAUGCCAUCUGCAGCAACAGCAAGGGCACGCUCGAGAUCAUGUCCGAGCUGAACGCGCUCUACCAGUGCAUCAGGUUCCCGGUGGUCUCUGUGGGCCUGAUUCAGUGGGUGGAGGCCACCGUGACGGAGCCGUCCUUCUUCAAGCUUUGCACCGAGCACACGCCCAUCCACCUGGCCCUGCUGGACGAGGUGGUCACGUGUCACGCCCUGCUGCACGAGAAGGUGAUGCGCCUCUACGUCCAACUGUUCGAAUCGGACCAAUCGGAGCUCGAGAUCCUGGUGCAGCUAGAGAUGCGGAAGAUGCUGCUGGAUCGCAUGGUGUGCCUGCUGAGCCGCGGUUGCGUCAUCCCCGUCGUCAAGUACAUCCGCAACUGCUGGCAGAAGUCGGACACGGACAUCUCGCUGAUCCGCUACUUCGUCACCGAGGUGCUGGACAUGAUCGCGCCGCCCUACUCGCCCGAGUUCGUCCAGCUCUUCCUGCCCAUGGUGGAGAACGAGGAGAUCACGGACAGUAUGCGCGGCUCGGGUGACGACCUCGUCACCCAGUUUGUUGUGCACUGCAAGGGCCAGAUGACGGAGCCCUGACAGGACGCGGCGCGGGCGGACGGCGACGGUGAC